AUGUCCAUUUCAGAGGAUCGCCCAAAAGUGAAAGAGAAAAGGAGCAGACGGGCGCGGAAUAGGGCUGUAUCGUCGCCCAUCUUGGUUGCGAGCGACGAUGCCUCCUCUCUGCCAAGCGGCUGGCUGUCUCCUUCAUUGGAGCCAACGCCGAUGGAGCAGCCGUCAACGAUGUCGCCACUGGAUCCGCCGCUGGAGCCGCCGCUGGAACCGCUGCUGGAACCGCCGCUGGAGUCGCCGAUGGAGUUGCUGCUGCUACUGCCGCCCCUGCACCCGCUACGUGUGGUGAAGGAAGGGUCUGAUGCCGUAUUGGCUCAGCUGGCGGGUGUAGACCAGACGGUGAGGUCCGCUGUGCUGCGCGCUGGAAUGGCGCCGGAAGCGGCCAUCGCCGUUUUGGAGGCAACUGCCCGGCUUGGCGAGCUGGUGACCGCGCUAGUUGUGCGAAACGCCGUUUUGGAGACGAAGGUUGCGUUGUGCCAACCAGCUGCUGCGCCCCCUUUACGGCCCCAAGUACGAGUGGUGCUGGCACCAGAGCUGUCUCCGGCGUUGCCCCGAUUGCCGCACCUCGAAAUGCUCCUGCAGCCAAGAAGCCCGUGGAAACGUGGUCGGCUGUGGUGA